CAUUAUUCGUCGUAAUGUACAAGCCAGUACCCUCUGCUAUAACAACCGGCUGUGGCGUAACACGCUGAUAACAGAUAAGGACUGACCACAAUGGCAGCCUACUGGAAUUUCUUGAUCGUUUUCACCUUCUGUGUCUUGAUCAGAUGUUCAUACCAGGUUGACUGUAACCCCAAAUGUCCAGUUGGCUACUGCUGUGUCCACGACGUGUUCCCCGAGGACAUCAUCUAUUGCAAGAAGAUGGGUGCCCAAAACGCCGACUGUGCAACGACAGCGACCGAGUCCAUCUGUCCGUGUUCCAGCGGCAUGUACUGUCAUCCCAACAUCGACGCCCCCACCUUUCACUCCAUGUAUGGGAAAUGUCGCCCCAAAACUGGAUCACCUGUCGUUGGCUGAUUGAUGUGUCUUAAAUAUAAGUAAUUGUUGAAAUUUUAAAAAAAUAUAAGUUUUAUUUCAAA